GACACGCCCGCGCGCUAUGUUCUUGCGGCAGUAUUUUGUCAUACAUUCGCGGGAGAAGAGCUUUGCAAAGUUUUGUCAGCAACUAUUACAUUUUAUGGCAUUUAUUUGAGGUACUUGGCAGGCGAUAGCUGCGCGUUAUUAGUACAACCUUUACAGUUUGUUGACUGCACACUACUAGACAGCUUCCUAGCUAGCUAGACAGCUAACAACAUAACUGGCAAACUUUUUGCAAGAGGUCUGUCGUUUUGAUCCAAAGUAUCUAAUAUGGCAACCAUGUGUCACUCAAGACGUGCCCUGAUGGAAAUCCCAGCUCCACAGCCGAAAAUUGCAGCUCGACUGAGAAGGUCCUACCUGGAGGUUCUAAGUUCACGCAUAACUCCAUUCUCAACCACCUCUAGAGGCAGAAACCUGACCAGCAACUCAAAACGUGGGCAUUCAUUGGACCCAGCCAUAUACAGAACAGGGAGUAGUCGGAGUGAGGCCCAAAGUGAGAGAAUGGAAGACAACCAGACACCCCUGUCCAACCAGCAGCUUGUGCAGCUCAUAAGAUCUUUCAUCCUAGUAGAACAGGGGCAGAGGCAGGAGCCCAGAGCUCUCACUACGGACCUGAAACCGAUACAGGAGGACUUGCACCUGAAGAAGACCAAUGUCUAUAGAUCUAUACCCUACUCACGCCUGGGGUCCAACAGAGACGCACACUGUUACAGAAAGGCAUAUCCACACCUGGUGGUGUUUAAAGUUUCCUGCCAGGAGUGGGGUCAGCUGCUGCUGCAGAACGAGGAGUGGGAGUCUACUCUGGAGCACGCCCUAGUGGCGUGGAGGUACACCAGCGAGCUGCCACAGUGGGACACCAGCAGCCACAACUCGGUGAGGGAACAGUGUUACAUCAUGCUGGCAGCACACUGCAUCACAGCUCUACAGCACUAUUGCCCAGACCCCAGCAAAGCCAUAGAGCUGCACAGGAGGUUUAAAAUGGCACAGCUGCACAGUCAGUUGAUCUAUCCUUGUAUUCAGGAGCUGGAGAGAAGCCUCAGCGAAGCACAGGUUUGUUCCAUGAACACCCGCUGAAAUGCCCAACCUGCUGAAAUGGCCAACACUAAGAUCAGCUGACAACAAUCAGCACGGCUUCCAAGUCUAUGGGGUUGCACUAUUGAACAGCGUAUAUCAGUGGUUGCCAUUCAACUAUGUUUGGUAUCCUUGCCUUGUGUUGCGCUAUUCCCCCUUGCCUUGCCUACAGUAUUCCCCCCUUGCCUUGCCUACAGUAUUCCCCCUUGCCUUGCCUACAGUAUUCCCCCUUGCCUUGCCUACAGUAUUCCCCCUUGCCUUGCCUACAGUAUUCCCCUUGCCUUGCCUACAGUAUUCCCCCUUGCCUUGCCUACAGUAUUCCCCCUUGCCUUGCCUACAGUAUUCCCCCUUGCCUUGCCUACAGUAUUCCCCCUUGCCUUGCCUACAGUAUUCCCCCUUGCCUUGCCUACAGUAUUCCGCCUUGCCUUGCCUACAGUAUUCCCCUUGCCUUGCCUACAGUAUUCCGCCUUGCCUACAGUAUUCCCCUUGCCUACAGUAUUCCGCCUUGCCUUGUCUAAAGUAUUCCCUCAGAGUAAAUACAAGAGAAAGCUUUGAUGAAUUUUGGUAAGCUGUUUUUUAAAUAUGAAUUUAAGCUUUUUGUAUUAAGUUGUUUUGUAAAAUGUGUUUAUUGCCAUUGAACUAUUGAAUGUUAUCAUAAGGAAAUUAUGAAAUGGCCUUUAAAAUGUGAAAUGCUGUCAUAGGGAAAUGAACUGUCCUUUUCACCUAGAUGUUUUAUAUGUGGGGGAUGUUUUUGUAGAUGUGUUGAAAAAUGCCACGAUACAUGAAACAGCUGCCUUAUUUCAACUUGGCUGAAUGCUACCUGUUUUGUAAAUAUUUGUCUAAAAUAACUGUUUUGCACUUAUGUUCUUCAUCCUGGAAACUUGACAUUUUGAUAAAAUAGAAUCUAAUUUAAUAAAAUUCUACUUUUUUUCAA